AUUAUGUUACGAUCUAGAUUAUUUUUUUGUUUGUAUAAUUACGUUCUCACAAAUUCCGCACUUGUCCAAAUUGAAUGCUCCGUGACAGAUAUGUCAAAGUUAGCUAGCUUUAGCACAUGUGUACAAGAGGUGAUGGCAUAGGAAUUGAGCGAUGUAAACAUAUCCUAAUUUUAGCAUCAAAAACAAUAGAAAGAAAAGAAACAUCUACCGUUUCACAAACUGCUCAUAAAACAUAAAAAAACGACGGUUCUCCGAUUCGAAACUCAUCAAAUUGUUCUCCUUUUUAACAACGCAACACACCUUUCAAAACGCACCGCCAUUUGUUUUCCCACUGUCAGACGGCAGCGCGAUGACACAACCGGUACCGACCCGACAGCCGUACGCGGGAUCGCACGCACACCAUCAAGCGAAACGCAAGAAAAGUCAGUUGACGUUGUGGAAUGGCGAACAGUAUAAAUUUGAUCUCCGAACAAUGCACAAAUUCUCUGAAAAUUCAAUUGGCCCCCGGGCUCGUGAAUCGGUCGUGAAAGUGUUCCCUCGCUGGUGGUGUGGUGUUGGUGUUGUUCCGGUCAAGCAGCUGCAGCAGCCGUCCGCCGCUACCGCUCCGUCCGCCCGGGGUGCUGCCGUCGUGGUGCCCUUGUCGCCGUCGUCGUCGCUGCCACCGUGGCCACCGGAUCCGCGGUCGGCAGUAUCGCUCUCAUCCCGCCACUAUCUCUGCCGUCCACCGGACGAUGGCGGCUGAGCGGAGGUGAGGACUUGUUCUCGCGCUGUGUGCGUGCCGGAGUGAAAGAGAAAGAGUGUGCGCACCAACGAUCACCAUCUGCAGUGAGCGCAUGUGUGUGAACGAAAGAAAGAGAGCGGUGAAGUAGCAGCUGGUAACCGUGUUAGGUGGAACCACCACCACCACCAACGGUGUCCGCGGGCUAGGUGUGGAAGGGGAGCGGUACUAGUGAAUUUGCCCCCUUUUUUCGGCACUCGAGAACCGAUAAUGGAGCCAAUGGGAGGAGGCAGCUGACGACACUGCCGCCGUGUUGCACCCAGCAAAUAAUUCUUACCACAACCAUUCACACAGCCAAUGUGUGCGACAGCUAAUUUUCAGAACCGUGCGACACCAUCGCGAGAAAAUCAGUCCCUUUCGGUGGUGUGAGGGCAAGCGAAACGGCAACCAAGAAGACACACGCGCUACGUUGUGUGUUUUUUCUCAUCUUACGCUUACCUGUGUGCGUGAGUGUGUGUGUGUGAGCUUGCACCUGGGACAACCGUGUUCAGCGAGUGCGUGAUUAGUGUGCGUGAAAAUCGGAUCAAGUGCGCAUUGAGCAGGGAAAACAAACGUGUGUGUGUGUGUGUGGUUUUGGAAUGGCUGGCUGCGGUGCUGUUGUUGUUGGUGCCGCGGUGCCGCACGAUGCGGUGUAUUGGUGUGUGGUGGAAAAUCGGCACGUACCGUGAAAAGUGCAGCCGCAGCAACACCACCACCACAGCGCGCUUCGGUUAGAAUUAGAACGCAUAGUAGUGCCGCGUACCUGUAUGGGUGUGUACGGGUAGUGUUUGUACGGUGGGAAAAUUUGUGAAAGAAGAAGAGGUGCAAAAGAGAGAGAAAAAGACUUGCUUUCCUCAUUAAAUCCCCAUCAUCUCCGCUGUGUGGCUUUUUGGGGAGGACGAAGAAUGCUGCGCCAGAAAGCGAAAGGUUACACUCUGUAUUUGAUUAGUACGUUUGCAGUGAAGGAGAACAAUUGAUGAGACGACUCCUCGCCAGCUAACAAACGCUAGAAAACAUAUAUUUAAAAAAUGACUUCGAGAUUAGAUCGGCUGUUUAUACUGCUCGAGUCGGGCUCGGCCGCGGUGACGCGCAAGGCGGCGGCCAAGCAGAUCGGCGAGGUGCAGAAGCUCCACCCGCACGAGCUGCACAACCUGCUCAGCCGGCUGCUCACCUACCUGCACAGCAACAGCUGGGACACGCGCAUCGCCGCGUCCCAGGCCGUGCAGGCGAUACUGGAAAAUGUGCCACAGUGGGAGCCGAAACCGCUGCCCAACCUGCUGAAGAUGGAAACCAAAGAGGAAGCGGCGGCGGCGGCCGAUGACGAGGAAGAGGACAAAUCGUGCGACUCGUCCAGCAGCGCGCACGCGAGCGGCAGCCGGAACGGUCACCACCACCACCGGUUGUCGUUCGAUAGUUUCGACCUGAACGCGGUCCUGUUCAAGGGCGCCCGGCUGAUGGGCUCGGAAGGGUCCGAGUUUGAUCCGCUGGACGAGGGCGAGGUGGUCGAUCUGCGGGAAAAGUUGGCCCGCCAGCGAGCGCUGCUGAAUGAAAAGCUGGGCCUGAGCAGCGGGCUCAACCUGGAGGAGCUGGUCACUCUGGACGAUGUGCGUAACAAUGGGGGUGGUGGUAGUGGAGGAAGCAACCGAGAUCACCACCAGACCGGUGCGACCGGGGAGCGGCUGGUGCCGGUGCAGGAGAUACUGAAGCUGAGCCGGGCCGAUUCGGUCGAGGGGCUGAGCUGCCGGGAGAAGAAUCGCGCCCGCCGGAAGGCCCGCCAGCAGCAGCAAGCGUUCCAGAACCCGAUCGCUGCGGUAAUAGGAGCUGGGGGCGGGGGCACAACGACGGUGGGUGGUGGACCUGCUGCGGGCAACGGUUCGAACGGUGCGACCGCGCCGGGCACGGCGACGAUCGGGGCGAACGAGCCGCUCGAACCGGACCGCAAGCGCAUCAAGACGGAAAAGGGCGGCGAGCCCGGUACGCCCGGGGGCGCGGCAAACAGCGUGCCGGCGGCCGGCACGUGGACCGGCGAGGCCGUGCCCGAUCUGACCGGCGCCUGGGUCGAUGCCGUCGACUGGCCGCUCGACUCGUUCUGCUCGAAGCUGUUCCUCGACCUGUUCAGCCCGCGGUGGGAGACGCGCCACGGCUCGGCGACGGCACUGCGCGAGCUGCUGAAGUCGCACGCGGACGGCGGCGGCAAGAGCGUGUACAUGACGCGGGCGGAGAUGGAGCGGCAGCAUCAGCUGUGGCUGGAGGACGCCACGCUCCGGCUGCUGUGCGUGCUCGCCCUCGACCGCUUCGGCGACUUCGUGUCGGACCAGGUGGUGGCGCCGGUGCGCGAAACGUGCGCCCAGGUGCUGGGGACGGUGCUGCGCCAGCUGCCGCUCGCCAAGGUGCACCAAACCGUCGCCAUCCUGCUGACGUUCGUGAAGCAGAAGGAGUGGGAGGUGCGGCACGGCGGCCUGCUCGGCAUCAAGUACAUGCUGGUGGUGCGCGAGGACCUGAUCCAAACGUUUCUGCCGGUGAUCAUCAACGACGUGCUGACGGGGCUGUUCGACGCGGUGGACGAUGUCGGGGCGGUCGCCGCCUCCACCCUCAUCCCGAUCGCGACCUGGCUGCCGAAGCUGCUGAGCCGGGCGCAGGUGUCGCACAUCGUGAAGCUGCUGUGGGAUCUGCUGCUCGACCAGGACGAGCUGGCGUCCGCCUGCAACAGCUUCAUGGGGCUGCUCGCCUCCAUCCUGAGCCUGCCGUCCGCCUCGAGCUGGAUCCAGAUGGAGCCGAUGUCCAUGCUGGUGCCCCGGCUGUGGCCCUUCCUCAGCCACUGCAGCUCCUCCGUCCGGCGCUCGACGCUGCAGACGCUGAAAACGCUUACCACCGCCAUCCGCACCGAGGAGCAGGAGGAGAAACAGGAGGAGGAGGAGGGACGGGGCACGAAUGGUGGUAGUCCGGCGACCCCGGCGACCCCGACCCCGCCCUCGAACGGCAAAUCGGAACCGACCGACAGCGGAGUCGCCGUACUGACCGUGCCGGACACGGAAGAGUCCCGGCUCGGGCUGAACUUCGGCGUGAAGGAUUGGCCGCCGCCGCUGCUGCAGGAAGCUCUGCGGCACAUCUUCCAGCGCGUGCUGGUCGAGCAUGUGGAGGACAUACAGGCGCUCGCGGAAGACGUGUGGAACAAUCUGGUGGUGAACGCGGAGCUGUCCGCCCUGCUGCACGCCUCCUGCCCGUACGUGUCCAGCUGGCUGUGUCUCGCGAUGCAGCCGGUCCGGCUGGCGUUCGAUCCGGGCUCGCUGAUCUACGCCAAGCCGAACCAGCCGGGCGGCGGGCCGAACCGCGAGCGCCGACCGCGUCAGUUCGAUUCGUUCGACACGGGUGGUGGGACGGCAGCGUGCGGUGGUGGCCAUCUCUCGUCCUCCGCCGGUGCGCUGCACCAGAAGCUGUUCCUCGGCGGCGCCGAAACCGUGCCGCUCGACGUGCGGGAGAAGAACGUGGUGCGGGCGCGCUGCAAAGCAGCGCGCAUGAUUGGGCUGCUGUCGCGGUACCUGGUGCUGCCGGCACCGGGCGUCACCUACACCCCCGAGACGGAGAGCCCGAUCGAUUGCUACACCAAGGUGCUGGUUGGCUACCUGCAGUCCCGGUCGGCGCUGCAGCGCCUGAUCAGCAGCCUGGUCAUUGCGUACUGGUGCUCGUUCGACGGCACCAUCCAGCCGGGGCCGCCGGUGCUGCAGGAGCGCCUGCGCGCCUGCCUGACCGAGUACGUGUACUACGACGAGGUGGGCAUACUGUUCACGCGCCUGCUGCAGGAGUGCCGCGACUAUCUGGCCACGCUCAAGCAGCACCGGGUGCAGCUGGCCGAGUACGAGCAGCUGAAGGUGCUGACGCUGGACCAGAUCUACCAGAUAGCGACCGCCGUGGGCGGCUGGUCGGCCGACGAGAUGCGCACCCGGUACAAUCUGAAGGCGAAGGUCGCGGAGCUGCUGGAGGAGCGCCGGCGCAGCCUGCUCGGGUCGCAUUCGGCCACCGCGCUCGAGCAGACGACGCUGCACGUCAGCACGCAGUCGUCCGUGUCCGGGGCGGUCGUCAGCCUGCGCUGCCUGCCCGACCGGUUGAAUCCCGUGGUGAAGCCGCUGAUGGAGUCGAUCAAGCGCGAGGAGUGCGAGCUGCUGCAGCGCCUGUCCGCGAAGUAUCUGAGCGAUCUGCUCGACCAGGUCACCGUCCGCACGCCCUGCCCGAACAGCAAGAUCGUGACGAACCUGUGCACGCUGCUGAAAAGCGACGCCGAGUUUACGCCGCGCGUCCUCUGCCCGGACCAGGAGCUGCAGCACUUCGAUCCGGCCAACACGGACGACUCGAACCCGUACCACGGCAUACUGACGCUGGCGAAGCAGCACCAGCGCUGCAAGGAGAGCGGCGGUGGUGGUGGUGGUGGUACGUCGUCCAACAGUGGCACGAGUGGUGGCGGAAGCUCGUCUCGCGGACCGGGCAGACCCGCCGCUAGCAGUACCGUAGCGGCCGCGCUGGACCUUUCCGCAUCGUCGUCGUCAGCGGCGUCCUCUAGCAGCGCCGCCACGGCCACGACGAAUGCAGCGCUGGACGAGCUGCUGGGCGGACCGUCGGAAAGCGAGGAAACGCAGCGGAAGCACGCACGGACGCAGCGGCUCGGUGCGACGGCCGCCAUCACCACGAUCUGUGCCCAGUUCGGGGCGCAGCUGCCCGCAAAGCUGCCCAUCCUGUGGCAGCUGCUGCUGGACAAGCUGCAGUCGCGCGUCGACGAGCCGUACGUCGAGCGGCUCGCGCAGGACGUGAUCGCGCAGGACGAGACGAACGAUUUCAUGACCGCGCUGCAGCUGCUGGAGGUGGCCGCACCGUACCUGCACGCUGCCCUGCACCGGGAGCUGUUCGAGCUGCUGCCCAAGCUGUGCCUGCUGCUGCGUCACCCGCUCAAGGGCGUCCGGCACAUGGUGGGCCGGUGUCUGGCGACGCUGGCCGCGGUCGACGCGGCCAGCGUGAUGACGAUGGUGAUCAACGAGGUCGUGCCGCUGCUGUCCUGCAUCGAGAGCGUGAUCAAGCGGCAGGGCGCCGCGGAAGCGAUCACCUGCAUCGUCAACCGGCUGCAGUUCGAGAUAGUGCCGUACGUGGUACUGCUGGUCGUGCCGCUGCUCGGGCGCAUGAGCGACCCGGACCAGUCGGUGCGGCUCGUGUCGACGCACUGCUUCGCGACGCUCAUCCAGCUGAUGCCGCUGGACGGCCUCGGGACGUCCGGGGACGGCGGGGCCAGCGGGCGCCACCUGUCCGACGAUCUGCGCCAGCGCAAGAUGAAGGACCGCCGCUUCCUGGAGUAUCUGUUCUCGCCCAAAACGAUACCGGACGUUGAGCUGCCGGUCAAGAUCAAUGCGGAUCUGCGCAGCUACCAGCAGUCGGGCGUGAACUGGCUCUGGUUCCUCAACCGCUACAAGCUGCACGGCAUCCUGUGCGACGACAUGGGGCUCGGGAAGACGCUGCAAGCGAUCUGCAUACUGGCGGCCGACCAUCACCAGCGCAGCCUCGAUCGCGGCUGCGCCCAGCUGCCGAGCAUCGUCAUCUGCCCGCCGACCCUCACCGGCCACUGGGUGUACGAGGUGGAGAAGUUCCUGCCGAGCCGGUUCCUCCGGCCACUGCACUACGUCGGGCUGCCGGGCAACCGGGAGCAGCUGCGCCAGAAGCUCGGCACCUACAACCUGAUCGUCGCGUCGUACGACAUCGUGCGCAAGGAUAUCGAGUUCUUCAGCUCGGUCAACUGGAACUACUGCAUACUGGACGAGGGUCACAUCAUCAAGAACGGGCGGACGAAAAGCUCGAAAGCGAUCAAGCAGCUGGUGGCCAACCAUCGGCUCAUUCUCUCCGGCACGCCGAUCCAGAACAACGUGCUCGAGCUGUGGUCACUCUUCGACUUCCUGAUGCCCGGCUUUCUCGGCACGGAGAAGCAGUUCAGUACGCGGUUCAGCCGCCCGAUCCUGGCCAGCCGGGAUCCGAAAAGCUCCCCCAAGGAGCAGGAGGCCGGUGCGCUCGCGAUGGAAGCGCUGCACCGGCAGGUGCUGCCGUUCCUGUUGCGCCGCGUCAAGGAGGACGUGCUGACCGAUCUGCCGCCCAAAAUCACGCAGGACCUGCUGUGCGAGCUGAGCCCGCUGCAGGAGCGGCUGUACGAGGACUUUAGUCGGAUGCAUCUGCACUCGUCCGACAUACGGGAGUGCCUGGAGAACAUCGACGGGCAGAUGGCCGGACCGGCCAACAAGAAGACGCACGUGUUCCAGGCACUCAGAUAUCUGCAAAAUGUAUGCAACCAUCCAAAGCUGGUACUGUCGCCGUCCCAUCCGGAGUAUCAGAUGAUUGUGGGCGAGUUUACGCGCAACGGCUCGUCCAUGGACGACAUUGAGCAUUCAGCAAAGCUUCCGGUUUUGAAGCAACUACUGCUCGACUGCGGCAUCGGCACCAACGAGGAUGUGUCGGUGAACCAGCACCGUGCGCUGAUCUUUUGCCAGCUGAAGGCGAUGCUCGACAUCGUCGAAAACGAUCUCCUGAAGAAGCAUCUGCCGGCCGUAUCGUAUCUGCGGCUGGAUGGCAGUGUACCGCCCAGCACGCGGCACCACAUCGUCACCAAGUUCAACGGCGAUCCUAGCAUCGAUGUGCUGCUCCUAACGACACAGGUCGGCGGGCUGGGGUUAAAUCUAACCGGGGCCGAUACGGUCAUCUUCGUCGAGCACGACUGGAACCCGAUGAAGGACCUGCAGGCGAUGGACCGGGCGCACCGCAUCGGCCAGAAGAAGGUCGUGAACGUGUACCGGCUGAUAACGCGCAAAUCGCUCGAGGAGAAAAUCAUGGGCCUGCAAAAGUUCAAACUGCUGACCGCCAACACGGUGGUGAGCGACGAGAACGCCUCGAUGGACACGAUGGGCACGGACCAGCUGCUCGAUCUGUUCACGCUGGCGGAUGACAGCGGUAAGCAACAGCGUACUGGUGGUGGUGGUGGUGGUGCUACCACAGCCGUCUCCGAUCGGCGCGGCUCGUUACGGUCGGCGGCCGCCGCCAGCAAUGCCGCGGCCCAGCUCGAAGCGAACGGUAGCAACGGCGGAGCGGCCAUUAAGACCGUGCUCGAGAACCUGCCGGAGCUGUGGGACGACAGCCAGUACCACGAAGAGUACGAUCUGUCCCAGUUUCUCGAGGGGCUGAAGAAAAACCGCCAACCGUAACCGUUGCAUUGGAAUACCAAGUCUAGAAACGGACAGGCGCCGAGAUUGAGUCCCCCGCGCCUCCUAGGAUGAUGGAAUGUGUGUAUCUGGUCAUAGCAAAGCAGGCGAUAAUGUAGUCAUUAGCGAGAGAGAGAGAGAGAGAGAAAGCGGUAAGAGCUGUUUAGCUGGUGAAGAAUAACUUACUGUAAGUAGAGAAAAAUCCGAGAGUCGAGUGCUUCUUAUCUCAUUUUCAUCUAUUACGUUACAUUUCUAUGUGCCUAGCGAGGUACGUUUCGUCUUUAAACCGUUUUUGUUUCCACUAUCGAUAAUUUGCUAUCUUUCUAUUCAAUUUUUUCCUCUUCUAUUUAGUGUUUUUGAAUUCCAUCCUUUUAUAAGCCUUUUCUUUAGUCUCGUGAAAAGAAGCAACUCUUAUUUUUGUAGCGUACAAUGUACAAUCUGUCCCCUGUCCUUUACCUAAUGCUAAAACAUACAACAACACAAACACACACACACUAGUUGCCACUACAUGUCGUACAUUUGUAAGUUUCCCCGCGCAAUGGGAAGAACUGGAAAGUAUGUAUUUAAAUGCCUAGAAUAUAUAAAGAGUGAGUUUCGUGAGCUAAAAUCAAACUUUGUUUUUCCCAAAAAUCCAGAGAGUAGAGCAAUCGAUAAUAUCACAGUGCAACUAUCAGCUACGUUCCUUUAUUCCUUUAUACUUGUUUAUAAUUGCUGUACAGAGUUUAAGCUCGCGUUAGAUCCCGUUUUAAAC